AGUGCUGUACCAAGAGCAAAAUGGAAUGUAUGUCGAUCUCGAGUAGUGUUGCAAAUUGUUGAAAAGAACGAGACGUAUGUGUAAGUUUCACACCUUACGACCUGUCCGUGCUCUUUCAAAAGGUUUUUUCUGCCCAAUCCAACCAGGCACGUCUAAUUUAGUUCUAGCAUAGCACUCACGCUAGCUUUUCCAGAUAUUCAGGUGUUGCGCUUUUUCAGCUCGUUGCAUAACUGUCUGCAUAUCUCCCUUCUCGCCGAGUUGUUUUACCACGCUGCAGGUUAUUUUACCCUAGUAUCUUCACUAUUGCAAUAGCGAAAAAGAGUUUUUAAAAGUGAGAUUGUUUUAUUUGCCGCGUUUUUUUUUCAGCUGCAAGUUUUUGCAACCUAUCGCUUUUAGAAAACUAAAUCCCUUUCGUAGCUGUUGACUGCGGCAAGUAGACCAGCUUUACGACGCGGUCUGAUAACUUAAGGUAGAGCCGCGCGUGGUCCUCAACAACUUUUUGAGGCUCUCGACGUCCCGUGUUGCUUAAAAAAUACAUCUUUGACCAUGUUUUUCGGUGGUUUUCCGGGCGGGGGUUUCCCUGGCAUGGACGGCGGGGACGGGUUUCCCGGCAUGGGCGGCAAAGGGCGCGGCAAGAAGGACGUCGACACAGAGGCGUUUUACAAAUUGCUGGAUGUAGACAAGAACGCUUCAGGGCCGGAUAUCAAGAAGGCCUACCGAAAGUUGGCCAUCAAGCACCACCCCGAUAAAGGUGAGACGAAGAAACACGACAUUUAGACGUGUUUUUUUUUUGCUGCACGACCAGAAGCAUGGUCCAUUUAUUUUCCUGCUCAUGUAGCAGAAUUCUUCACGGCGAUAUUAUGGACAUUUCCAUUUAUUCGAAGGCUAUGCACUCGAAAUUUUUUGCAACACAACUCCACCAGGUGGCGACCCGGAGACAUUUAAGGAGAUCACCAAGGCAUACGAAGUGUUGAGCGACGAAAACAAGCGAAAACUGUACGACCAAUAUGGUGAGGAGGGCGUCGAGUCAGGGGGCGGCGGUUCCGACCCAACCGACAUCUUCGACAUGGUCUUCGGAGGUGGCGGUGGCCGCAGGCGAGGCGGCGGCGCAGGGGGCGCGAAGAGAAAAGGUGUGGAUACAGCUCCUACCCUGGAUGAUUUUUCGUCGCCGCGCAGAUAAAUAAUUGGAAUCAAAAGUAAAUUUCUUGGAAAGCGCAGGGAAUUGUUCUCACUGUAUGCUGUGGAUAAUAAAUUUCCUCUGUAGUCACAACAUGAGCUGAUGCUAAAACCUCAGGUAAGGACGUGGUGCACCCAAUGGACGUCACACUCGAGCAACUCUACAACGGACACACCAAGAAACUCGCAAUUAACCGAACUGUCAUCGACCAGAAAGUUGGGGUAUUGAAGUUUUUUUCGGCGUAAUACUGCCGUGGACGAACAAUAAUGUAGAAAAUCAAAAUCUCUGAAGGCGGUUCUUGUGGCUUGGGUCGGGAAAGGACCUGUUUGGUGGCUCGGGGAAGAUGAUGAAAACAUAGGUUAGCGCGCUGUCGCGUGAAGCACGUAAUUAGUGAAAGUAAAGUGUUUAUUUUCGAUCGUACACCUUAUCAGGUAAAAGAAUGCGACGCGUGCGAUGGGCGCGGGGUGGUGAUCCAGGUUAUGCGAAUGGGGAACAUGAUCCAGCAAAUGCAGCAGCAGUGCACAAAGUGCGGCGGCUCCGGAAAAAUCUACAAGACGAAAAAGGAGAAGGAAAUUCUUGAGGUGUUUGUGGACCGGGGUGCCCCAGAUCUGAAUAAAGUCGUCUUCUACGCCAAGGCGGACGAACAGCCAGGUAAGAAUUUUGGCAUGAUAGCGCAAAAGUUUAUUUUGCUCAUGUUUUUCUCCACUUCAGAUAUGUUGCCUCACUGGCGUUUUCUGGUUCACAAAAUCCGCUUAUCUUCGAAAGCACAGGGAACUACAAACUACAACUGCUUGUUGGUGUUACUUUCUCUCCUCGGAUCUUCUUCUCGUGAAGAUGAGGGCCACGCUUCGCAUAUCAAAACUGUGCAGGUUAUGAGGCGGGCGAUGUGCAGUUUGUGCUGCAGGAGAAGGAACACACCGUGUUCAAGCGUAACAAGGCCGAUCUCACCGUCCAGAAGAACAUCACGCUUUUAGAGGCACUCACCGGAUUCACCAUGGAAAUCACGCACCUGGAUGGCCGCAAGCUGUUGGUAAAGAGCGCACCCGGGGAGGUGAUCUGCCCCCCAAAAAACGUAGAAGCGGACUGGGAAGUGUUCGACGAGAUGGAAUCAGCAGGUCAGGACGUCGCAACCUGCACCUACAGCGACCCGGCAAAAUUAAAGGAGGUACUUAGAUACUUUUGUUCUCGGCGAUUGAUAGGUGGAUUUUUUUAAUGUUGCGACUGUAUCUUGGGUUUGUGGCACCGGUGCUUAAUAUAUAACAGCUCGAUGAUUUUUUUGCAUGUUCGCGAGAAAGCGAAGUCAUCACUCUACGACCUUUGUUUGUAAAUUAAUAAUCGCAGGUCUGCCUCCAGAAGGGUUUUAACGGUUUCGUGCUCGACAAGGAGAGCAACAAAGCCAUUUUCCGGGAGUUGACGCGCGACGAGUUUUUGUCUAAGAAGAAGAAGAAGGCCGGCAUGAAACUGUUUGUGGUUCCCGACCCGGAAUUGCUGGCCGCCGGCCGAAUGCGAAAGUGCGUCAAGGGGGAGGGCAUGCCCGUGUUCAAGAACCCCAUGCUCAAGGGAAACCUGUUUAUCGAGCUCACCAUCGACUUCCCCAAGAGCAUCUCCGAAGACGCCGCAAAGGUAUACUUUUCUGCCGACUUUUGCAUUUCUUGCCAUGUUGACUUCUGCCUCCAAUGCUUAUGCUGCAUUGAUUUUUUCGUCCUUUUGCAUCAAGUUUUGGUUCUUUUUCUUCUCACUGUCAACAACCUGAAGAAAUAAAAACUGCCAUCACUCGUCUGCUCCUUUUCUACUACUGAGGUUCUUGUAAGAACUGGUAGGCUGGGAAAAGAAAUUCGUACCAUAGAAUGAUGAUCUCAACUUCGCUCAUCCCGACUCCACAACAGCAACUCCGCAAGAUGCUGCCGGGCCCGGACCCGAUGCAGGUCCCAGAUGAGGAGGACGAGCACUUUGAGCACCACUAUGUGGUCGAUAUGGACCCCGUCACCUCGGAAAAGGAGCACGCUGCGGCGUACGAAGACGACGAGGAUGACGAGCGCCGCGCCGGCAUGGGCGGCGGCCAGGGGGUCCAGUGUGCGCAGCAGUGA